AUGGCUCUUCCCUUCGCACGGCCAUUGUCUUUGGCACCAGAUUUCGCACUUUCCUCCAUAGGCCAGGAUGAUAUCGAUGGUGUAAUUUCGUGUCACCACCAAGCAUUCAACUCUCCGGGGGAGCGUUUCUGGUGGUCACCUGAUCUCGACGCCAUGCGCGCGUUUCAACGUGCAUCUCUGGAGAAGAAUCUGAAGAGCGGUGAAAAGCGGUACUUCAAGAUCACACAUACGCCGAGCGGGGAGUUAGCAGCCUUUGCAAGCUGGGUUCUGCCCAAACGUUUUGAUGGUCUGGGCCUGAGGCCCGUGGUUGGCACGGACACCAACAACGAAGGAGCCCGGGCUGUUGCCGCUGUGGAGGAGAUCGGACUAUAUGUGGAUAGCUCAGCACACAGUACUCUGCAAUCAAACAAAGUUUCUGGGGAAGCCGAUAUGGAGGAGUACAUUAGGCAGAUUGUGAGCCGUCUUCCUGAUGGCGCGAGCAAGGAGGGCCUUGCGGAAGCAGUUCGGUUCGAGUUGCAUAUUCAUAAUCGCUAUGGAGCUGAAGAAAUGCUCAAUCUUGCCGUGCUCUGCACUUCCCCAAGGUACGAGCGCCGCGGACUUGCCAAGGCUCUCAUUGAACCAGUGCUUGAAAUAGCACAGGCUAAUGGAAUGCCAGUAUGGGUUUACUCGUCGCCGGUCGGAAAAGGAUUCUAUGAGAAACUGGGGUUUGUAGUCAUUGAGGCGUAUGACCUAGACUUGAGCAACGCGAACAGGGGAUUAGAGGGGGUGCAUAGGGUCACAGCUAUGCAGUGGAAUCCAAAACCCUCAAUUCGUCACCGGUGGACGUGA